AUGCCGCCACAGCGACUGCUGCCGCCGCUCCUGCUCCUACUCCUCUGCAGCGGCCCGCGGAUCGCCGCUGCCGCAGACGGUGCCGAUUGGGGAGCUGCGCUCUCGUUUGCCGCCGCCUUCGCCGAGUCGGCCCUAAGCACGCAGCAAAAAGUGAACCACAGCUCUGGCCACCGCUACUCGUACUCGUUCAGCGCGGCCAGCCACGCGUGCAGCAGAGAGGGUGUCGCGGUGGGAGGCCGCCCGCGCUCGGCAUCGCUGUGUGCCCAGGCGGCCGGCGCGGCCUCCUGUUCGUCAUUCAUGUAUUCCGAGCCGCUUCGCUCGUGCGUCUGCUGCUCCCGGCUCUUUCCGGAGCGGAACGACACGGCGCGGGCACGGCUCUACAGCACGCACGAGGUGCUCGAUUGUGCCGAGUUUGCGACGCCGCCGAGCGCCGAGGCGCAUGGCUCGCUCGACUCCACGAUACUGCACGGCUACCACAAACUUUGGUGGCGUCUAAAGGAUUACCUGGACUGCUAA